GACUAUUGCCGCAGCUUGAAAACAUACAUCGGGCAAGGAGUUGUAGCCAGAGUUGAAGUGCUACUACCUUGUGUAUGCUUGCAUCGCAGGUGGAAAUGAGUUUCUAUUAAAAUCAAAUGGGAGGAGACCAAAUCAAAGCACAAGAUUGUCCAGCAGACAUAAGGCUUUCAGUUGGCAGUAUGCUGAAAGUGGUAUCUUUUCAAGGGACACGUAAUCAUGAAUGCAAUGAGGUUUCCUUUGCCCUUCUACCACAGCAACGAAGACUAGAUGAAGCUGUAAAACUAAUCAGUCUUCGAUGCAACAAAAAAGUUUUGCAAGAACACCUUCAGGUGGCCACUGGAAAAAUUGUAACUGGGCGAGACGUCUCAAAUAUAAGAGCAAAAUUAAACACAAAUUCUUCAAAAAAUAACAUCAAAGCUCUUGUAGAAAGCUACAGCAAAACGAAGGUUCGAACUAUAUUGUUCUUCUAUUCACAACUAAGACAAUGA